AGAAGGAUACAAUGCCUGGAGAGACACAUCCAAACCCACUGAAAUCCUCACAAAGCUCUGCAAAGACAACAAGCUGGAUGGACCCUACUUUUAUCCUGGGAAAAUACAGAUAGGAAAUCAGGUCUUUUCUGGAAAAACAGUCUUCACGGAGGAGGACACAGAUGAGACAGUGGAGUCUUACGAGCACCUGGCCCUCAGGGUUUUACAGUCAUGGGAGGAUAUACCAGAGGUUGGGUGUAAGCUGGUUCCUGAGCACAUAGAAACUCGGCCACUGUACCACAAGGAUAAGCCAGGAAUGGAGCAGGGCCGCCUGCAGAUGUGGGUGGACAUGUUUCCCAAAGAUAUGCCUCCACCUGGACCUCCUGUUGACAUUUCACCAAGGCAGCCGAAAGGGUAUGAAUUGAGAGUAACUAUCUGGAACACUGAAGAUGUCAUUUUAGAGGAUGAGAAUAUCUUCACAGGACAAAAAUCAAGUGAUAUUUACGUUAAAGGGUGGAUAAAGGGUCUGGAGGAUGACAAGCAGGAGACCGAUGUGCACUACAACUCCCUGACUGGCGAGGGGAACUUCAACUGGCGCUUCCUGUUUCCAUUUCAGUAUCUCCCAGCUGAGAAGCAAAUGGUCAUCACCAAGAGGGAGAACAUCUUUUCCUUAGAGAAGAUGGAGUGUAAGACACCAGCCGUGUUGGUGCUCCAGGUUUGGGAUUUUGAAAGGCUGUCUUCGGAUGACUUUCUGGGCUCCCUGGAAAUGAACCUCAAUAGUUUCCCCCGAGCAGCCAAGUCUGCCAAAGCCUGCGAUUUCACCAAGUUUGAAAAUGCAAGUGAGGAGAACAAGAUCUCCAUAUUCCAGCAAAAGCGUGUGCGGGGCUGGUGGCCUUUUGCUAAAAGCAAGGAACUCACACAUACUUGA